GUUUGAUAAAAAAAAAAAAUCGCUGUGGAAUUCUUUCGUUGUUUUGGAAUUAUUUUACUCGGCAUGUCAUUUCGAAGCACCAAAAGGAAAAAUUAAAGAAAUAAUGAGAAAUAUUGGUGAUACGGUUAUUGUGUAUGAAGAAAACGUGCCGCUUUGUUCGUCCUUCAAACAGUGGCCUUGAAGAAGAAAUAAGCGAAAAUACAGUGAACUUGAAUGGGUAAAGAGAAAACUGCAAUCUCAUGAUUCGUAUGAGAAUCGCUGAAGAUUUUGAUAGAAAAGGUCGAGAUGCCAAUCGAGCGUAAUGCAAAGGGCGUUAGCAGCAGCAACGGUCAUAGGAGCAGGUACGACGGAAGUAGAAUCGGGAGCGAAGAAUUCAGAACUAUCAGGACCCAAGGGAAAAGAUUUUUUUCAAUCGAUGAAAGUCCCGGCUAUUGGUGCGAAGAUUUGUUGCUCUUUACAAGAUAAAUUCGGUUCACCGGAACAAAGAAGGACACGAAGAACUGAUGGUUUGCAAUUGCCACUACAUCCUCAACAAGUGGUUGGGUGGCUGAUAAUAUCGAUUGUUACGAUCGGCACGUACUUUUUUGUACUGCCGGAAUAUUCAUCGUCAUUGAGAGAGAUAUUGAGCUAUGUGUUAGGCUCAUCUCUGUUGGUGCAUGCUGUUUCACAUUUGGGUGCGUUACUAGUUGAUCCAGCGGACAAGGAAGUACGUAAACGUUCAAGUAACGUUGUUGUCCCAGAAUUUGAUCGCCAUCGUCACCUCCAUGUUAUCGAAAAUGGUCGAUGUCAUUUGUGCAAUAUAACAACGAGCUCUAAACGUACCAAGCAUUGUUCGGUGUGCAACAAGUGCGUUGGCAAUUUCGAUCAUCAUUGUAAAUGGUUGAACAAUUGUAUAGGGGGUAGGAAUUAUCCAUAUUUCAUCAUCUGCCUGAUUAGCGCGGUCAUCGGAUCAACCAUCAUCGUUGGUCUUAUUGUGACCGAAUUAACUCUCGUUACCUUGAGAUACUCUCGGAAAUCUUCAAGUUCCGAAGGAAAUAAUACACGCGUAUCGUUCGUAAAUAAUUCGGAAAACAACUCCUCGAAUGGUAUAAUGGAUAACGCUACAUUGUCGAUUCUACCGUUGCCAGGUACCGGUUCUCUCGUUAUUAUCUCAAUCGUUGGCAUUCUCUCGACGGUUGCGGCUAUUUUACUCAUCCAUCUUUGUUUUUUUCACGGAUACAUUGCUUGUCUCGGAUUGACGACCUACGAAUACGUUAGAAAUAAGAGAAUGCGUAAUACAGCCGAUAACACCCUUCAACGCAUUGAUUGUACGUCAAAUGUAGCGUCAAGUUCUGCCAAUUUUUGUGGCGAAACUUCAAGAUCAUCCGAAAAUGUGGAGCCGCCGAUUCGUUAUCAUUUUUGUAACAGUCUCGUCAACAAAUCUGCAAUAAAUAGACAAAAUGAAGUAACGAGAAAAGUUUACAUCUGCUCGAGCCAUCCUGCAUCUUCCGCGACACGAGAGAGCAAUUCAAAUGUGAAUAACGCUCUCAAUCUUGCAAUUAAUCGUGAAAAACGGAAUUUUCAUCUAUAUUUUUCUUACGAUAGUCGCGAUGACGCAACAUCUAUCGAAUUGUCCUCAUCGCAAAGCGUUGUCUCCGAGGAUACAAGGGGACCUGCGAUUAUUGGAACGAUUGGGAGUAUUGAUUCAAUAGACGUAAAACCAUCCACACCCUCGCCCGUUUCUUGUUGCUUCUCCAUUAUAAACCAUCAUGCCUGGUCCUCAAAUAGUUCAAGCAGUAACGCCAUGGAUAAUCAAAGUCGCAAUCAACCCCGCGGAUCUGGCAAAACGAAAAAAUUCAGACACGGGAGUAUCGAGGCUGACAACGAAAAAAACAUUCCGAGAUCUUGCACGACUGUCCGUAGAAUACAGACUUUCUUGCGUACACGGUUACGGAAGAAUGCAAGACAAAGGUCGACUCAUUCGGAUACUAAUGGACGAUCGAGAAAAAAUAAAAUUACACCGAUAGCCAGUCCUGCUGAUCGCCCUGACAAAUCUGAUGUUCCCGCUUUCACUGAAACUCAAAGCCAAAAUGAGUCGCUCUCAAAGGACGAAUCACUUAACGAGAUUCAGACGAGCCGUCCACCGGUCAAACUUCCACCCUUAAAUUUAACAACGAAACGAGUUUGUCAACUCAACAACAGUGGGGGGAUCCGUACAAUUAAUGACAACCCCAGCGUCGAGACCAUGUUUACUAACUUACCUUUGUCGAAGAGAAGCCAACAACAACUUCGUAUACGAAGACCGUCCUUCAGCCGCCGUCCAAGAUUCAAAAUGGGACCUCAUGUGACACAAACCGCCCAAUUGUCGCCGAUUCCUGAAUCUGAAUUGUCGAAACCCGCCUCACCACGAUCGCCACCUAAUCCUAAACAUUUUCCAUUUCCACCUAAUCAGAAUUUAAAUUUAACUAAUUCGAAUGGGUGCGACGAGGAGCAAAAGCGUCCGUUUAUUUUAGGAGAGUUCAACUUUAACAGAAAAAAAGUAACGAUGCUAGAUCACAUUAAUGAUUAUGUGGAAAUGGAAAAGUCAACUCUGUCUGAAGAAUAUCGUUUUUGGAAAGAAAUUUUGGGGUCACCUAGAUACGUCGUUGCACCUAUGGUCGACGCCAGCGAACUACCAUGGCGUUUAUUGUCACGACGACACGGUGCCCAUCUUUGUUAUACUCCGAUGCUCCAUUCAUCGGUUUUUUGUCGAGAUCCAAAAUACAGGAAAGAAGCUUUGGCCAGUUCGAGUGAAGAUCGACCACUCAUAACUCAAUUUUGUGGUAAUGAUCCGGACGUAUUGUUGGAAGCCUCCCUUUUGGCUCAGCCGUAUUGCGAUGCAAUCGACAUAAACAUUGGCUGUCCUCAAGCGAUAGCAAAACGCGGCAAUUACGGUGCCUUUUUACAGGAUGAUUGGGAAUUACUGAAAAAAAUCGUCAGCACCUUAAAGGAAAAAUUGGACAUUCCAGUAACCUGUAAGUUACGUGUAUUCCCAGAAAUAUCAAAAACUGUGGAUUAUGCAAAAAUGCUCGAGGAUGCGGGAGCAAGUCUUCUUACUGUUCAUGGCCGCACCCGUGAGCAGAAAGGACCUUUGACGGGCCUCGCCUCAUGGGAACACAUAAAAGCUGUCAGAGAAGCCGUAAAAAUACCAAUGUUUGCGAACGGAAACAUCCAGUGUAUCCAAGAUGCUGAACGUUGCAUUGCAGUAACAAAAGUCGACGGAGUUAUGUGCGCAGAAGGAAAUCUUUAUAAUCCGUAUCUUUACGAAUCGAGAAAUCCGCCCUCUUGGGAACCUGCUCUUGAAUAUUUAGAUCUCGUAGAAAUUUAUCCAGCUCCAGCUUCCUAUGUUCGUGGGCAUCUUUUCAAAUUGUUCCAACAUGUACUUUGUUUACCAGGCAAUGAAGAAGUGAGGUCGAUACUGGCCACAAAUUCUACGAUGGAAUCGUUCAGAUUCGUUGCUGAAUCGAUCAGAGAUCGAUAUCUUCCAUGCCAUGAGGGACUUGAUGAAUGGCCUGUCACUAAAAACGGUUAUGAUCUCGAACUUCCACCUUGGCUGUGUAAAAGUUACGUGAGAGACUCGCCCGAAGAUCACAUCAACAAAAUCGAAGCAAAAAAAAAAGACAGGGCACUGUCAUUGGCAACGAUGAAACAUACGUUUACAGACGACGAUGGCAAUGCAAUUUCACGGAAGAAAUUGAAAAAAUGGCGAAAAAUAGCGAGAAGACCAAAUAGAACAAUACCGACGGUAAAGCGUGGCAACGAUUUAUGUCAUGGCUGUCCUAAUCCACUGGGAUCAAAAUGCGGAUACAAGCUAUGCCGACAGUGUUGCAGGAAUAAAUGUUUCGAACAAAAUCUUAAUUGUCCGGGGCACAGGAUUCUAACUAAAACGAGGCGAGAAAUGGCGAUCGAGUACGCCCUGAAAAGGAAAAACACCGGAAAUAUGGAAACUUGAAUCAUCUUUAACGAAAGAAUUGAUAUUUUUCAAUAAAGAAUGGGAUUUUGAAA